UCGAAAUUCGACGUAGAAAAUUAGCAUAUUUUUAUUAUUAUCUUUAAUUCCUUGCAAUAAAAAAGAACCACCCUCGGUGUUUGCAAAGCGUUCGAUUUCUGUAAAGUAUCUGAAACGAAAGCCGCGUGGUGCCGGUAUGCCUUUCAAUCUCCAAUUUCUUUAAGGAACCACGGCUCUCGUUUCCUGUUUACAGCCAGCCAGGAGCAGAGAAUCGUUUGGCUGGGUUUUAAAAAGUUUCCGCCACGGGAGAUGGUUGCACGUGAAAAGAUUACAAUUUCCACGGUAAUCAUCGAGGACGAAUCCUCCGGCGCUAAUGCGGCGACAAUACAGAUGUUUUCACGUCUAAGCGGCGUGCUAAGUGGAUGUCCUGCUCGUUUCCCUUAGCCCGUUCCCUUCGGCCCUACCGAGGGGUGCUAAGUUCUACCUGACCCCAAGUAUCCAAGUGAACGUUUCGCGUAAGUACUCGUUACUUUACCUUACACUUGACUGGACGCCUUCUUGCCUCUUUGGUUGGGAAAUAAUCGACCAGAGAGAAAAAGCAACGAGCAAAAGCCAACAGAAAUUGAGCCUGCGAAUUAUCCUUCAACCUAUUCCUUCUCUUUACCAUGGACCUUUCUGUCUCUUUUUUCUUUUUCUUUCUUUUUCUUAAGAUGUAACGAACGUUUCGUGCAACUGGUCGAAAUCCAUAAGCCUAAGAAGCCACGAUUAUCCAUCGAAUGCAGAUGAAUUGACUAACAAUAGUCUUGGUUAUUUCACGGUUCUGUUAAGAGAGGAUUUUUUGGGCAAUUUAACUAAAAUUCAAUAACAUUUCCAAUGAACAUUUUUGCUAUAGUGUAAAUACUAGGGGUUGAUAAAUAAUCCUACUAAAAAAGAUUUUAAAAACAACGAACGAAGCCGCAAUGAAGCGGGUCAAAGAAGUCCUAGAAGUGUGAGUAUUAGCGAGCCACUGCAAAUAUUUUUCGGAUGCUGUAAUCGCGCUACGUUUCUCCACCGCUCUAUGGACCCUUUCCUUCCCUUAACGCAGCGUAAAUAUUGUUUUUCCCUUUAAAAAUCGUAUACGACCCGUGUCAUUUUCGGCGUCGCAAUCAAAGACGCCGAAUUCAACAAAGAAUAAUAAAAAAAAAGAAUCAUAAUCGAGGAAGUCCGUGGUAUCGUGUCGAGUAUCGCGCGGAUUAGCUGUUGGUUCGUUACAGGAUGUAAAUGUUUGUCUUCCUCCUAUCUUUUUUUUUUUUUACUGACGUCAAAGAAAUACUCGUGAAAUCAAAAUGACCCUAAGCCGGGGAACUAAUCGGGUAUCCAUUAACGCGUCAACAAAUUCUUUCCUUUACCUUUUAUUUAACCUUCGAAUAGCGAAGAUAUCGAUAUUAAUUUUUAUUUUAACCGAUUUCCUCGAUAAUUAUUUCACCUCUAACGAAAUACAUUCGGAAAGGGUUAAAUUCACUUGAACCAGUUUACACGGUAGUCCGAAAGGAUUCAUCCUAGUCACUUCAUGAAUUGUCGUAACUGGUAUCAAAAUCGCAUUCUAAACGGUUUACAGACGCUACGAGAUUAGCAUACGAAUACCGAUGCAGAAGUAUAGUUAAACGGUAUCUAUUCGGCCACGGUGUUAAUGAAAUUCACAAGCACGUCGAACAAAGAGGAUCCUCUUCGUUGGGAUCAUCAUGGACGAUUCCGUUCACAGAGAUGGUUGCACCAUGCUUUCCUCGUGAUUCGACGACACCCUAAACCGGUGGGUACAUACGUGGCCAUGGGAUUCGGUUCUCCGGGAUCGGGCCACGAUUAACGUACGGAUUAGGAUUAAGGUUGGCAGAGAUUUCGUUGCGGACUACGGGAUUGAAGCGUGCACGGAUGGAUGUUUAGCUAGAGGCAAGGGGGCAGCAGGCGAUCACAAUGUCCAGGGUACGUGCGCGCCCUACGAAUAAACCUUUUCACGCUCCGUUCUCCGCGUAUCGCAUCACGAUCCUCCCCACCCAGCUCCAUCGACAACAAUGAUGAUGACAGUCAAUGCACAUUACAACGGUUUUAUGUUAUUAAUACGGACGCAUUGGGCGGGAUUUGAAUAAUUGAACAGAUCUGCCGGAUCAACGAUUUGGAAAAGAAGGGAACUCGAAGAGUUUGCUCGAUACCCUUGGCCCUUCUUUGAUCAGCCAUAUUGCGUCUUGUUAUUUUUCCAGAAAAUAGAUUUUUCAGGGAAAUGUUUUAUUUGUAAUUGAGAUUACAAUUUUUUGGGUUUUGAAUUUAUUCGAUGAACCGGUAUUUCGAUGAUCGAGAAAUUAAAUAUUUCAAAAUGGUAUCCAAUAGUCUGGAAUAUCCGGCCGGUAAUCCUGCACCGUUCAAAUUCCAAAUAUCCCAAAAUCGAUAUUUUAAUACGCAGCGAUGAUCAGUGAAGUGUUUAGUACAUUCGCGAUUAGUCGAGUUACAUUCGAUUCGUUUCUAUAUUCGGCUACAACGUAUACGCACGAUAUUGUAUGUACAGAAUUUCAAAGUUGAUGCGGGGUUUAACGUUGCUGAACGCUCGCAUCAAAUCGCCUUCAUUGUUUAUGCAAAUAACGAUGGAAGUAAUUGGAUGUAGCAUUGAAUUCCUGUUUGAUAAUUCGAGAGCUUCCUAUAAUCCCUGCGUCGAAAUCAUAAUAUCCUUAAAUUUAAAUGAUAGACACUAUGAAAAAAGAAAUUGUUUCAAUUCUAAACUGAGCUACUCGUUUCCAACUCAUCUCAUUUCGUCUCAACACCAGAAACCCGCCAAAUCAUAGACCGCUGUCGAAUCCGCGAAAUCCGCUGAUGAAAAAUAUGAAAAAAAGGAAAAGAAAUGCCCGAUUAAAACCCGUGACGGAAGGGAAACACGUACUUAUUUUCAGAAACAAUAUCGAGCAUUCGAUCAUGCCCGUUCGUAGGUAAACGCUUCCGGAAGCAUGAUUAAUUCGUGAAUACGAUUCUCAAAGCAAACUCGAAAAGCUCUGUAAUACGCAAGACACGUCGUGAUUAUCCGUUGUAAAUACGGUGUGUCUCCCACCGGUGUAUCCCGUUUCCUCCCCCUUCCCUCGCGAACCACCCUAUGGGUCGAAGUGGCAUAAACGGCGUGGGGGGUUGAAAGGGCAUUCUGUCGAACCGUUCGACGUUCCACUCCCACUUUUUCCACCCCAAACCAUCGUCGUCGUCAGGAGAUUGCACCUCCGCCUACAUCCUACCGGAAACCAUCGACGAAGCUCUCGCUUCUCUCUCCGUCCAUCCCCCUCUUUUCCUCUGUCGACUUGCCACAUAGGGGAUGCCGAGCGACCAAGGGUGGUGGAAAAGUGGACGGAGCCAGAGUGAGCCACGCCUCGUUCCACUCGAGGCAAAACUUUGCUGGAUAUAUUCGAGGGUGUCUCUGUCACUAACACGGGGGUGGGCUACCCGUAGCUAGAUGCCGGCGAAUCUAAGCGCACCCCCCAGAGGUCAACGCGUACACCGAGUUGCACCAGUCGUCGGAUAUCCUUUAUCAACGGUGUCACUGCACAUCUGGACUUCGCCACGCGCGUCGCAUCCUUUCCAUCCUCGUGAUACUCUCGCCGGUGAAACCACCUCCGAUCGGCUACGUUUUGAUAAUCAUUUUUUAUGCCCCGAAAAAUGCGAGUGAUCGAAUAGAUUCUUCGAGCGUUCCCUGUGAGAUAGGUACGAAGAACCUGGUGAUUCGAAUCGAACGGAAAUCAGUGCUCGUGUUCGUCUGUGAUGGGACAGAAGGAAGUCUUCGAGGGUUGCUCGACAUUAUGGACUUGAAUAUUUUGUGAGCACGGUUUUUCCUCGGUGUCGAUGGCAUGUGAUAGUUGUGAACGCGUUAUCGUAUUUAAGGACGAGAAGAGAAUUUUACGCCACUCUUAGAAACAGCGAUGUCUGUUCAAUUAAUUCGAAGAAUGUCUCUUCGUUGAUUUUAAUUCCAUCGAUCGACGCUCGUAAAUAAUCGUAAAGGGAACUCGAAGAAGACCGGUGACGAGUUUACUUUAAGAAGAUAUUACUCCUGUAACAUGGUAGAAAGUAUCUACGCGAGUGAUUCGCCAAGAUCGCGUUCUCCGAUGACCGAGCCAUCGAGUCCUCUUCAAGAUGGUCCCGGGAUAUCCGGUUACAGUCACCGUUACCUCUACAACUAUUCACCGGAGAGUCUGCAACUGAAGCAGAAGAGCAGCGACGAGCAGAACAACGUGGCUGGACGACGGCACAAUACCGAGAAAACGUUCUCCAGGAGUCCUGUAAGCUCCGAAGAAACGAGAUUCAGAGCUCGCGAUGUAUCGAGACCAAGUUCCUCGGCUACUAUGUCGUCACCCACGUCUGCCUUUACUAUAGAGAAUAUUCUGGCACCUAGACCCAUUGGAAACGUGACACCGACCAGUACCAGCGGGCUUGGUUCUAUCAUUCAGAACCCGGAAACCGUUGGCUCGCCGUCGAGGACCGCGGCGAUGCAUCCUCUUCAACAACAAAUUCAUCAUCUGGCGUUCACUUCUGCCGAUUUGUUUGCCGCAGCAUACCCCAGUUUGUAUUCCGGAGGAUACGUAGCAGCGAUGGCAGCCGCCGGCGUUUCUCUUCAUGGUCAACCAGCGUUCUAUCACGCUGCUCAUCCCUAUCAAAUAAAUCCAAAUGUCACGGCCGUUGGUCCUAUGACAAAACGGAAGCGUCGUCACAGGACGAUAUUCACUGAAGAACAAUUAGAACGAUUGGAAGCCACCUUCGACAAGACCCACUAUCCGGAUGUGAUCCUGAGGGAACAGCUCGCCCUUCAGGUCGAUCUCAAGGAAGAACGAAUCGAGGUGUGGUUCAAGAACCGACGUGCCAAGUGGCGUAAACAGAAACGAGAAGAACAGGAACGUAUGCGGAAGCUUCAGUUGGAGCAACGUCAGCGUAGCGACGACAACGUAUCCACCGCUACGGUCAAAGUGGCCGAUCAUUUGACUCUUGCCAGACAGCAGCAGCAGCAACAACAACACGAACAAGACACCGACAGUUCUGAUCUCGAAGUGGCGUAGUUAAAAUAUUGGUUUUAGGCUCCUUCAUUUUUAUCUUUUUUCAUUGAACCUGGACGAGCAGGUUCGUUCUCCACCCCUUCGCGCAGGGGACGUGUAAAUAAUGGAAUUAGGGUGUAAAUAUGUUUGUACAUACAGCUUACGCGCGAUGUGUAUAAUAGGUAGUGAAAUAAAUUAUU